UUCAUCUCCUCAGUGAGCUGGGUUUACCUCCAUCCCAGAAAGAUGUCUUUCUCCAGCCUCUGCUAUCCAGAAUGCGGGGUGGCCCGACCCAGUCCAGUCACUGGCAGCUGCAACGAGCCAUGCGUUAGGCAGUGCCCUGACACCGAAGUGGUGAUCAGACCCUCCCCGGUUGUUGUGACCCUCCCCGGACCAAUUCUCAGCAAUUUCCCUCAGCAGAGCGAAGUGGCAGCCGUAGGAGCACCUGUGGUCGGAGCUGGUUUGGGAGGCUCAUUCGGUUUGGGGGGACUGUACAGCUAUGGAGGCCGUUAUGGAGGGUUGUAUGGUUUAGGGAGAUAUGGUAGUUACGGGGGCCUUUACGGUUAUGGGGGAUUAUUGGGCCGUGGGGGAUACUGCGGUUACCCGGGCCUUUACGGUUAUGGGGGAUUAUUGGGCAAUGGGGGAUACUGCGGUUACCCAGGCCUUUACGGUUACGGGGGAUUAUUGGGCAAUGGGGGAUACUGCGGUUACCCAGGCCUUUACGGUUACGGGGGAUUAUUGGGCAAUGGGGGAUACUGCGGUUACCCAGGCCUUUAUGGUUACGGGGGAUUAUUGGGAUAUGGGGGAUAUGGCCGUAGGUAUCUUGGUGGAUAUUGUGGACCAUGUUAAACCCAGCAGGAACAUCCGUGGAAGAAGGAAGAACCAGAAAAUGAACAGCAAGAUACAGAUUCACCCCUGAUCUUUUGGGCAUGGCUUUCAGAAGUGCUGUGCAAACAUGGCUCCACCUGAAGUCAGUGGGAGCUGUGUGUGCUCAGCACCUUGGUCUGAUAGCCAUGCUGCAUUUCUAAUGUUACGCUUUAUGACUCUUUCUGCUAAGGCUUUUCCAGCCAUGUGUUGAGUCUCUUAUUCACAUGUGGACUCAUUCUGAAUAACACACAGGCUGUCUACACUGACCCCGCAGGGUGAAGGAAACAGGGGCCUUAAGAUAGGCAUCGUUUAUAUUCAUUAUCACUUUAAGUCCCUUUGCAAGGGGAAAAAGAGACCUUGCUGUCAAGGAGAAUUAGGUCCCAUAUGUUCUAUCCUUUCCAUCAAUAUAUACCUUUAACAUCUCACCUUGACCUUUGCUGCGACCGAUGUAUAAUGGAGAAGCUGCAUAGUCCUCUGCUUCUAUUUUGCUUUGUCUCAUUUCCCACCGACUGGGGUAAAACAAAGAACUUAAAAUGGUUACAAAAGGGACUUCUUUGUCAACCUCUACAGCUGCAAGAAAGCAAAAUAACAUGCUAUCUGAAAUGCACCCCACUGAGGCGUGUGAUUGGUCGCAAGCCUUCUUGAAACUCUGGAAAUACAUUCUUUCUGCUCUGUAGUAUUUCUUCCUGUAACUGUGUACUGCCAAUUUCAUUUGCAUUAAA